UGCAGAGCAGCCAUUGUCAAACAAAAUAUAUAUUUAUAUGCUGAUUGUGUGUGUGUGACUGCUGCCUAAAAUCCCUUGAAUCCCUUCUUCUUCUUCUUCCUUCAGCUCCUCUGGUCGGUACUCUGUUUUUAUAAGGACUGAAAAAGCUUAAAAGCUCCAAAAGUCUCACUGUGUCGGAUUACACCAAGAUAUCGGUGACAUUUCAACUUCGUUUGAAUUAAUCUGUCUCCCGUUUCGUGUCUUUGCCAGUUGAUUCUGGUUUCACUGUCCCUCAACAAUCUUGUACUGAUUUUAGCUUGAGUUUGGAUAUUCCGGUGUUUACCAUACAUUUAUAUUCACAAAUCCGAACCCCUCUAACAUCGGUUUUGUUCAAAUGGGUCUCUCAAGUCUACCAGCUCCAUCAGAAGGAGUUCUAUGUGUGCUUUUAGUAAACACAGCCCUAUCAGUCUCCAUUAUCAAGGGGAUAAUCCGAUCAGUCCUGCAAGUAGUUGGUAUCCGUCUCACAUCAGCCUCCUCAUCUUCUUUCCCAUCAGAAGACUCUGCUGAAAACCUCUCAGAAUCAUUUGAGUUCCAUGUCAAUCCUUCGGCUAGUUACAUUGAGGACAUCAGGAGCCAUAUCCCAGCAAUUCGGUUUGACGCUGUGUGUAGCUUCAAGCAGCAGAAACACGAAUGCUCCGUCUGCCUAACCGAGUUUGAACCUGAAUCAGAGAUCAACCGCUUGUCUUGUGGCCAUAUUUUCCAUCAACAUUGCUUAGAGAAGUGGUUGAAUUACUCGAACGUUACAUGCCCUCUUUGUAGGACUCCGUUUAUGCCUGGGGAGGACGCACCCUGCUUCUGGUAAAGGGUUUGCAAAGCAUGAAAAUCGCGAAGAACUUCACGUACAGUGUUUAGUGUACAGGUAUUUUACAAGAACGCAUCGCCGGGCCAUAGUGUUGUUAUACCUAUGUUAUGUGCGAGUUAAAACUUUGAUAGUAUGUCGAUCGGUCUCACAGACCAACAUUUUUACGAUUGUACAUAUUAUGGAGUUACCGAAAUUUACAUAUCUACGUUUGUCUUUGGGUUAUGUUUAUCGAAUCUUCGAGUUUUACUUGUGUCA